ACCUAUCAACGCCCCCCUUUGUCAACAACUACCAUUCUUCCCCCCCUCAACCUACCAUGUCGCCUAUUACUACUCCUUCAAUUUCCACACUUAAAACAACAAUUACUCUGUCUCAAACUCCUCUUUAUGGCUGACAUGGAUGGUUCUUCUGUUGAUUCUAAAGAGGAAUCCAGUGAAGAUUCCAAGCUUGACUUCUCAGAAGAUGAGGAAACCCUCAUUAUUAGAAUGUUCAAUUUGGUUGGAGAAAGGUGGUCUUUGAUAGCAGGGAGAAUCCCUGGAAGAACAGCUGAGGAGAUUCAGAAGUAUUGGGCUUCUAGAUUCUCUUACAAUAAUCCAAUGCCCAAUCUGAGUUAGGAUUACAUCCAAGUGUUUGGGUUUUGCAUUGGGUGAUUGUUUCAGUUUUGGUUUGCAGCGUAUAUAUAUAUAUAAAAGCAAAUGCCUGGGUUUUGUACAAUGCCUCAUGGUUGCUAUUUGCUUUAGUAUGAUAAUUCCGAGGUUGAUUUCUCUUUUUCUUUUUGAAAUUAUCUUCACUUUUGGUGUUAAUAUUAUGAAUUUCUUGAUUGCUUUGCCUAGUUCACUGGAUCACCACAGUUACCAUUGGACUUAUUUUGAGAAUUCUUAAAUGGAUUAAUAUAUACUUUUCCCUAAA